AUGAGUGGCGCAGAAGUUACCCCGUUCGGCGUCCUUCCAGAAUUUCGACCCAACUUGCCACCACGCCAUGCUAGCGGACGCCCGAAGACGAGCCACUCGUCCUCCUCCCCUCACCGUAACGACAAAUCAGACACUGCUUCAUUAAAUAUAAAAAGAAAUAGAUUCUUGGAUGCUCAGGCAGAGAAUGACAUAGAUUAUGUGUACGGGGUAAAUUCAGUGACGUCCGUCUUGGUGAAGAACGAGCGGACCAUUCACAGCGUCCUGGUGAACGAGAAAAUCCGGUUGAACAAAAAAACGCGCAAGCAGGCCUACCGGUACAUAUUUGACACUCUAAAGGAACGGAACAUCCCAAUAACAGCCACAAGCAAGAGGAAGCUGGACGACCUGGUGGGCGGAUUUCCACACAACGACAUCAUCAUGCAGACCAGCUACCGUACCAUGAAGAAGGCCAAUCAGUUCAUCAAGGACUACCCACAGAAGGGGAAGGAGGCAAACAUUUGCAUCUGCCUCCACGAUGUGUACGAUAAUAUGAACAUCGGGAACAUCUGCAGAUCGAUUUUCUUCUUCGGGGGGGACUCUAUAUUUUUAAAGAAAAAGAAAAAAAAAAACAAAAACAAAAACGAAGACAAAAAAUUGCAAGGAGGUCUACACGGAAUGAAGAUUGACACACCUGUUCUCCAUUCCAGCGUUGGCACCUCCGAGUUUUUGGAUUUCUUUCACGUGAAUGAUAUGCUCACCUUUAUGGACGAUUUAAGAAGCUGCGGAUUUAAAAUACUUUCCACCUGCUGCCCCCCAAACGACUCCAGCACGAACAACGGCCUCCAAGAAUUAGCAAACGUGCGCAUCAGCAAAAACGAGAAGAUUUUUAUAAUCCUAGGAAAUGAGACCAAAGGACUGAGCAAGGAAAUACUGGACAGAUCGGACAUUUGUAUAUACAUAAAAGGGCACCGCAGAGAAGAAGCUCUUGCACCUGACUUGAGCCCUAAUGGGAAUUUUACCUUAGACAGUCUCAACGUAAAUAAUGCCUGCGCCAUCAUAUUGCAUCAUUUUACCUCUCAUUUGUUGUAG